GCCUGUGUGUGUGUGUGGACAGUUUGCCUUGUGGUUUGCCAAGAAUGGAUGACCAAGGGAGGCUGAUCCAAGCCAGGGGGGCAGUGGGUCUCGCAGGCCACCCCCCAGUCCAAGGAGUCCAGACCAUGACCCCCCACUCUCUCCACGAGCCCCCCUCGGAUAACGGAGAGCCUCGGAAACAAGACAUUGGCGACAUCCUCCAACAGAUCAUGACCAUCACCGACCAAAGCUUGGACGAAGCGCAGGCAAAUUUAAACUGCAGGAAACACGCUCUGAAUUGCCAUCGAAUGAAACCGGCCCUGUUCACCGUCCUCUGUGAAAUCAAAGAAAAAACAGGACUGAGCAUCCGGAGUUCGCAGGAGGAGGAGCCCGUGGACCCCCAGCUGAUGCGCCUGGACAAUAUGCUCCUGGCCGAGGGGGUGGCCGGCCCCGAGAAAGGGGGUGGCUCUGCAGCUGCCGCCGCGGCCGCCGCAGCCGCAGGGGGGGUAUCCCCGGACAACUCCAUCGAGCACUCGGACUAUCGCAACAAGCUCUCCCAGAUCCGCCAGAUCUACCACUCGGAGCUGGAGAAGUAUGAACAGGCCUGCAACGAGUUCACAACACACGUGAUGAACCUGCUUCGGGAGCAGAGCCGCACGCGCCCCGUGUCGCCCAAGGAGAUCGAGCGCAUGGUCAGCAUCAUCCACCGCAAAUUCAGCUCCAUCCAGAUGCAGCUGAAGCAGAGCACGUGUGAAGCCGUCAUGAUCCUGCGCUCCCGCUUCCUGGAUGCCAGGCGGAAGCGCCGCAAUUUCAGCAAACAGGCCACAGAGGUGCUGAACGAGUACUUCUAUUCGCACUUGAGCAACCCGUACCCCAGCGAGGAGGCCAAGGAGGAGCUUGCCAAGAAAUGCGGCAUCACGGUCUCGCAGGUCUCAAACUGGUUCGGGAACAAGCGCAUCCGCUAUAAGAAGAACAUCGGCAAGUUCCAAGAGGAAGCCAAUAUUUACGCCGUGAAAACGGCUGUCAGCGCCGCGCAGAGUGGGGGCGACUCCCCCAACACCCCCUCCUCCGCGGGCUCCGGUGGAUCCUUUAAUCUCUCCAGCUCGGGCGAUAUGUUCAUGGGCCUUCAAGGCCUGAAUGGAGACUCCUACCCUACAUCACAGGUGGAAUCCAUGCGUCACUCCAUGGGGCCGGGAGGCUAUGGGGACAGUAUGGCUGCUAGCCAGAUGUACAGCCCACGAGAAAUGAGGGCCAAUGGCGGCUGGCAAGAAGCAGCCACCCCCUCCUCCGUGACCUCCCCAACAGAAGGUCCUGGCAGCGUCCACUCCGACACCUCCAACUGAUCCUCUUCUGCCGCGCGCCACUCUCCCCACCUGUCUUGCCCCUUCUGGCUCCAGGGAAGAGGCCA